GUCCAGUGUGGUGGGCCGGUCUGCCACUUGCGAGCAAGCCGCCGACCAGCCGCCCAUCGCCUUCGGUAUCAUGGGCAACUCGUGCGCGCGCAUCAACCUCGAGCAUGUCAACACGGACUCCAUGUCCUCCGUGCAGCAGCGCCAGCGCCACUGGACCGACUCGACGCAGCCAUCGUCCGCGAGCCACGCCGAAGAGGUGUUGCGCCGGCCAAAGUCGUCGUCGACGAGCAGCGCCGGGCGCAAGUCGUCCAAGUUCUCGUUCAACUACAAGCGCAAGGACUCGGAGUUUCCGAUCGUGCAGGAGGCGGGCACGCUCGAGAUUGGCAACUCACGCACGGGCUUCAAGUACACGACGAUGCCAAUGAAGAAGCGUGACGGCGAGUUCUACCGGUCCGACACCAACGACGAAAUGAUGAGCAUCGACAUCGACUUGAUCCUUGGCACACCGCCCGACUCGCCCGGCGUGAUCCACGCCCGCUGGGGCGAGCCCAUCGAGGACCCGGACGAAGAAGAGACGUGCAUGGACUUCAAGGGCAACCCGUUCCGCGUCGGUUUCUGCAUCAACUGCCAAAAGCAGCACGAGGUUGACGCGUCCGGCGAGGUCAAGACCGUGCUCGAGUACAAGCGCAUUUCGCACUUCAACGCGUGGCAGCUGCAACUGCCGGCGAACCCCAACAUCUCGGUCAACCCGGACGCGGUCGUCGGCGUCGGCCGCGCCAACAUGAGCAACAGCCGACGGAACUUGACGCUCUCGAACCUCAGCGACAGCAGCCGCGAGUCGGACAUUGAUCUGACCGAGAUCCUCCGCCAGCGCCGCGACAUCUUGCUCAAGCUGCAAGGCCUCAAGUACGCGCCGUCCCACGUGCCAUCCUCGGCCGAGUACAGCAGCACGGGCAGCAGCACGUCGUCGCGCUCGGACGCGCAGCGAGACCCAUCGAACGAAGAUUGGUUAUAGACUGCAAGUCCACAACUCCUUUAUUUAAUAAGAUCACCUACAUUC